GCGUAGAUUCAUUCGUUCGUUCGUUCGUUCGUUCGUUCGUUCGUUCGUACGUACGUACGUUCGUUCGUUCGUUCGUACGUCCGUCCGUUCGUUCGUUCGUUCGUUCGUUCGUACGUUCGUUCGUUCGUUCGUUCGUUCCUUAGCUCGCCUAUUUGUCCGUCGUUUCUUCGCUCGCGUAUAGAGUGGCCAUGCGAGAAAGGGAUAAAUCGGUGACGGGCGGUCGGCGGCCAUCUUCCAGAUGAGUUUUUCUCCUUUCUUCCGAUAAGCGGAGUGCACUAUGCCGUGAAAGAGAAACGAACGGGUAGAAAGCGAGAGAGAGAGAGAGAGAGAGAGAGAGAGAGAGAGAGAGGGAAGAAAAAGAUAGACCAUAAGAAGGAAGAAAAAAAGUGGUGUUCCAUUAUGCGUCGUGAGGUGCGUUGAACGAAAAAAGACGCGUGCUUAUCAAUAGCACGAAAUAUUUUUCCGAUUCGAGUUAGACGAAUUAACCUUCUUAAUGUUACCUGAAUAAAAUAGAUUGAUCGGAGGAGGCACAGAAAAAGAGAAAGGAAGAAGAAAAUACGACAAAAUUGUGAAAGACGAAAAGAGAGAGAGAGAGAGAGAGAGAGAGAGAGUGAGAAGCAGAAAGAAAGAAAGAGAAAGAAACAGGCAAAGAGAGAGAGAGAGGGAAGGAGACAGACGGACAGUCAGUCAACGAAGGAGCAAGAGGGGGUAGCGGAGAAGAAAGGCAGGAAUCGAGCGAAAAGGAAGGAGACGGAACAUAUAUAUAUAUAUACACACACGUACACAUCACACAUACAUAUAUAUAUAUAUAGAAAGAGAGAGAAAGAGGAAGAAGGGGGAUAAAGAGAAAAGGAAAAGAGAAGGAGAGAAAGAACAUCGAGACCCCCCAUUGCUGUUGUACAUUUCGUUCGUAAUUACGCGUAUCACGAGAGAAUUUAUUUCUACAUUCGUGAAGUCGUGCCACCAUGUCAGACUCAAUAGAUAAAUAAUCGGUCUCGUAAUAAUCGGGCUUUACUUCGUCGAAGAAAUCGUCGAAAGUUAGCACGUGAAAACGCGACCUGGAACGAAAGAAAACUCGCUAUUGCGAUUUUCUACGCGUUGGGGUAACCUCAAAAUUGUCCAGUGAAAAUAACGCUGGACGAUUUCUCUCGAUCGGAAAUCUUCGAUAGGAUAAAGAAGAAAAAGAAGAGGAAGAAGAAGAAGAAGAAGAAGAAGAAGAGGAAGAAGAAGAAGAAGAAGAAGAAGAAGAAGAAGAAGAAGAAGAAAGAGACAGGAAGAAAAUAGAAGCCAAUAAGUCGCUUCUUCCUUAUAACCUCUCUUCUCUUUUUAUCAUUCGUUACUCCGAACAACGAAUUUUGGACGUCCGUUUGUGACCGAGUGAGGAGGCAACGACGUUUCAUAUUACAUACACAACAGGUACACGUCGCGUUGUGGAUUCGAAGACGUCUUCGAUCGACCACUCCUCCUCCUCCUCCUCCCCCUCCUCCUCCUCCUUCUUCGACUUUUCAACGGUGUCGUCGUCGUUUUCGUCGUUCUCAUCGUCGUCGUCGUCGUCGUCGUCGUCGUCGUCGCCACCACCACCACCACCACCACCAUCAUCAUCACCACUACCACCGCUGUUGCCGCUGCCGCCGCCGCCGCCACCGCCACCGCCGCCGCCGCCGCCGCCGCGUUGUCAUUAUCGUUGUCGUUGUCGUCGUUGUCAUUAUCGUCGUCCUCGUUUUCGUUGUCAUCGUCGUCAUCGUCGUCGUCGUCGUCGUCGUCGGAGACGAAGGCGACGUAAUACGUUUUUCAUUUACGCGUUCGUAAUCUUUGCUCCGUCGAAGAACGUCAUUGGAUGAGAUCUGUAAGAUUUGUUCUUUCACUUACGAGACCCCAUAACCUUUUAAACGAAAGAUCCUACUCGGCGUUUCUAGUUCUUUCGCAUUUGAAACGGUAUUAAUGUUUUUCGGAUCGAUACUACGGAUAUAUAUAAAUACUCCUUUUAUCGAUCGUGAAGGUUCACGUUAAAUUUAUUGUUUAUAAAGUGCUUCUUCUAAGAUCUAAUGUAAAUCUAUGGUUUCAAAGAUCUUUGUACUUUCAGAACUUGUUUACUUGACCUUCUAAGUAAUCCAAAAGGAAGUAAUUUCUCAAAUCAACUUGAUUAUUGAUCGAUAACAUUAUCAAGAUGCAUAAUGGAGAAGAUACAAAGAUGUAACUAUGUAAUGAGAUUCGACAGAGCAAAGAACUUACUUGUUUGUUCUAAGAAGCUCGUGAAAAGUGUAUUCAAAGUGUAAUUCUAUACCAAAGACAACUGUGUUGUGACUAAUCGAACAAGAUGGAUAUCAGUGUAAUAAUGCAGUGUCGACUUUACAGAUGGAUAAACAGGGAUGACUGAGAAUUGUUGGAACUCUGGUGGUGGCGCUGGCGUCAAGAUGGAGCACUUUCAGGCCACCCUGGACCCAAGGAAGCAGGAGUUAUUGGAGGCCCGCUUUCUCGGAGCGAGGUGGCUCGGCGUCGAUACUCGGUAAACAUCCCGGUAGCAGUUCCUCCUUUCAUCCGUUUUACCUUCUUCGCGAAAAGGCGAACAAUUGUUUCAAGAUGAGACGCGAAUAAUUUCCUCCUUUGUUCAGGGCUCAUUUCGUACAUGUCUGCUGGGUCACAAAUUCAGAUGGCACCCCAAUCAACCGUAAACUCUGGUCAGUCGGUUCAUAGUCAAGACUCGAACAUGAGUACCGGCUCUUCGCAUAGUGAUAAGGAGGUAGACCCAAAUACUCCGGAAAAAAUACCAAGAACUCCUUCUGAAAGGAAAAGAAAACGUAAAGCCGAUGAUGGUGGCGGGGGGGUACCAGGAGGGCCGGUAGGCAGCAAGGGAACUAGGUCCGUUGCUGCCUUAGACAACAAAAAAAUCAACGAAUAUUUUUCAAAGCACCAUCUUGGUAAUAGUCCCAUUCGACACGGAGGAGCUAAAAGUCCUUCUCCUCAACAGGGAUAUCCUAUGUAUCCUCCAUCGCCUCAACAACCUUUUUCACCUCAAGUAACGACGCCUAACUCCUCGGUGGCGGAAUUUUCGUCCUUGAUGCAACCACCAAGGCCUCAUCCUCAACCUCCACCUCUUCCACCACCGUCUUCGACGCAACCUGCAGGCUCGAUGGUCAGCAAGCAGGUGCAGGUAAGGCCUACCAACCUCAGUAGGACAAGCCAGGUCAGGCAAGCGAAGACUAACACCCCAAAUACAGAACUAACUUGCCAGAGGAUACAGGAAUUUGAAACUCAAGCCUCUUCGGACUUAGAACUACGUAAUAACAAAAUUGAUGAAUUAAAUAGAACGACAGAUGAACUUAGGCAUCAAAUGGCUAAUCAACAAAAAAUUAUUGAGCAGCACAAAUCCCAUAUAAAUAAGUGUAUAGACGUUGUAAAGAAGUUAUUAAAAGAAAAAUCAAACAUAGAGAAAAAGGAGGCUAGGCAAAAGUGUAUGCAAAAUAGACUGAGGUUGGGACAAUUUGUGACACAGAGGGUAGGUGCGACGUUUCAAGAAAAUUGGACGGAUGGUUAUGCAUUUCAAGAAUUAGCUCGAAGACAAGAAGAAAUUGCAACCGAGCGAGAAGAGAUUGAUAGACAGAAAAAAUUAUUGCUUAAAAAGAGGCCAUCCAAUAGUGAAACAAGUAGGAAGCGUAGUCAGCCACAACCUUCUUUGCAUAAUGGAACUGAAGCUACAUUCUUAAAACCAGAUGCUGUACCUGGUUCUUAUACGUGGCAAGAGUAUUAUGAAGCCGAUGAAAUACUCAAGUUGCGGCAAAGUGCGUUGAAAAAAGAAGACGCAGAUUUACAAUUAGAAAUGGAAAAAUUAGAAAGGGAACGAAAUUUACACAUCAGAGAGUUGAAGCGUAUUCAUAACGAGGACCAAUCGCGAUUCAAUUCUCAUCCUGUAUUGAACGAACGUUACCUUUUACUAAUGUUAUUGGGAAAGGGUGGCUUCAGUGAAGUGCAUAAGGCAUUUGACUUAAAAGAGCAACGGUAUGUCGCUUGUAAGGUGCAUCAAUUAAAUAAAGACUGGAAAGAAGAUAAAAAGGCUAAUUACAUAAAGCACGCAUUACGGGAAUACAACAUACAUAAAGCUCUUGAUCAUCCACGUGUUGUAAAAUUGUACGAUGUGUUUGAAAUUGAUGCCAAUUCCUUUUGUACUGUCUUGGAGUAUUGUGAUGGGCAUGAUUUAGAUUUUUACCUCAAACAGCAUAAAACUAUACCAGAGAGGGAGGCAAGGUCGAUCGUCAUGCAAGUAGUAUCGGCAUUAAAAUAUCUUAACGAAAUAAAACCACCAGUCAUACAUUAUGAUCUAAAGCCAGGUAAUAUAUUACUCACGGAAGGUAACGUCUGUGGAGAAAUAAAAAUUACAGACUUUGGAUUAAGUAAAGUUAUGGAUGAAGAGAACUACAAUCCUGAUCAUGGUAUGGACCUUACAUCCCAGGGUGCUGGUACUUAUUGGUAUCUUCCGCCCGAAUGUUUUGUCAUUGGUAAAAAUCCUCCCAAAAUAUCAUCAAAGGUUGAUGUAUGGAGCGUGGGAGUUAUAUUCUACCAAUGCCUUUAUGGUAAAAAGCCAUUUGGACACAACCAAUCGCAAGCUACGAUUUUAGAAGAAAACACCAUAUUGAAGGCCACUGAAGUUCAGUUUGCGAAUAAACCAACCGUUAGCAACGAAGCAAAGAGUUUCAUAAGAAGCUGCCUAGCGUAUAGGAAAGAAGAACGUAUAGAUGUACUGACACUAGCUAGACAUGAAUACCUGCAACCUCCUGUGCCAAAACAUGGCCGUCAAGCGAACAGUCAGCAACAGCAGCAACAACAACAGAUUCAGCAACAGCAGCAGAGCUCCUUUACUGUUGGCAUGUUUAGUGGUAUGAACGCGUCGAGCAGUUCGUAGUGGAAAUGGACUAAAGACGAAUAUCUUCGAUAUGCUAUUACAUGCCAAAUCUUGAGCACUGAACUGCGCACCAUCUCAUCUUAGGAAAAUAACGAUCGCUAUAACCAAUUGUAAAUACUAAACCGGAUACUAUCACCAUCACUACCACCACCUUCACCGUCAUCACCACCAUUACCACUACCAUCACCACUACUACCAUCAUUACUACCACCACACCACCACCACCACCACCAUACCGCCACAACUAUACUUACAGGUCGUCUCAUAGGACAUUGCAAGAGAGAUGCGAGACUGGUCGUCGCAAGUCCAGAAGCUUGCGUCUUUCUACAAGCCACGCUACAUUAUUCAGCAUAACAAAAAUGUUGUGUUCGUAAAUAUUCAAUUGUAUUAUCGUUCCUUGUAUCAAAACAGUGGGCUGACUUGAUAAUAGUGUUUAAAAGAAUGGAAGGAAACGGAUAAACAUGUGAUAAGUCAUUGUGAAUUAAAAAGUGAAGUUUAAACUAAAGAGGAGAGUAAGCGAAAGGUAUAAGACGAUGGAAUCCAGUGGAAGUGAUUUACUCGGUGAAAAGGGAAAGAGAAAGGGAAAAAGAAAAAAAAAAAAAGAAAACAGAGGGCAACGAAUGAUAAAAAUGCAGCGCGUCGAAAGAGUAAGAGACUUUGCUCUUGCGGAGACGUUCCUCUCUUCUGAAGUUACGUAUGCGUGAAUGAGUGUGAUGAAAGAUUGUUAAAUCUAGCGUGCGUGUAUAUAUUUAUACUAUAUAUAUAUAUAUACUAAUAAAUCCGAUAUAAUAUAUAUAUAUGGUGUAAAGAAAAAGGACAGCAUUGACAGUGGGAAGACAACUGUGGUGGCUCUAUCCUCGCAUGACCUCCGUGCAGUCAGGUAUUCCAUGAAUACUUGACUACACAUCAUGUUACUUUAUUCAAAUAUUAACAUUAUUACUUAUAUCAUGACUAAUAACAAUUAACAUACAUAAACACGAGGAGAUUUGGUUGGUUGUUCCUAUUCUGAAACGAGUGGGCUUUACCUAUACUGGAACGAUUAGUUUGAGAAUUAAAUGGAAAGAGUGGCGAUGCUCCCAAAGUAUAAAAACAAAAAAAAUCGUAUAGGAUCACGGUCCACCACUUGCACCCCCCCCCCUCCCUCCACCUCCCGUUCAUAAAUAUAUUUUAAAUUGAGAAUUUUCUAACUCGCGGUUAAAAAACGUGUUUUUCCUUUCUCUAAUCGUGGACACAUCAACAUAUUAUUGCGGCCAUCUCCGUGCUAAAUCAAUUCGUAUUUAUCGGGCAUUAAAAUUUGUAAGGUAAGAAUCGUAAUAUUGUACCGACCUGAUCAUUAUUUCUUUACUCAUAAUUUGUUUUAUAUAUGUACGUUAUAUAGAGAUAAUUAUGAAAUAGAAGACUAAGUUAUUUUAUCAAGUGCCCUUGCUUUGUAUUAUAGUCGUGUCUGUCGACAAACUGCAGCUUUGGGGAGUAAUAGAAAGAAGUUGUUAAAAUGUUGUAAGUUGUUGGUACAAUGUGGGCACGGUAUUGAUGACACAAUACCAACGUGAUUGGCAAAGUAUGGUCAGAGGAGAAUACAUUACAAGUCUGAACAGAGUCUGCUACUAGA